UGUACUCUGUGAUCUCACAUCAUUCAAGUUCAUAUGAGUUAUCAACAUAAGAUUUUCAGAUGUAAACAUGGACAACAAAAGGAUUUUCUAUACACUGUGCUUUAUACUUGUUAUGGAAUUGGGUGUAUGCUUCGACUUCCCGGGAAUCGAUACAGUUCAAAAGAAUCUCAUGUCGUGGGAUAUACAGUUCAAACGAAUAGAGAAUUGUAAAAAUCCUGGAACUGGGGAUAUUGACCUAAAUGUACGCUUGAAGAGGAUUUCAAGGACAAGAGUGAACAUGGAAGGAAUUAUCACUUUCAAGGUUGAUUUUGAUGAUAAUAUGAAGGGUGUUCUCGAUCUGAGUAGCUGGGGAAACGGCGGCUGGAGGAGUAACGCCUACAGAGUGACUGCAGAUAACCCAUGUUCCACAUACUCUGUGUUUGCCAUAUUCUUCAAGAAAGUGCGCAAAUUAGCUGGUAUGCCCGAAACAUGUCCAAUACCAGCGGGAAGGUACGAGUUGAAAGACUUCGAUACUCAGAUAGUCAACAAUAUCACUCUGCCAUUUUACAUCAUACCCACUACAUGGAAGAUUACCCUCUCCUAUUACCAUAGAUCAAAUAACAAACGACUGGGAUGCAAGUCAUUCAUUGUGGAGAGUAGAGUGAAAUCGAUGAAAAAGAUGAAUGAUUAAUAUUGUUUUGAAAAGUUUUAACAGCGCUGACUCUAUUCUGGUGGAAAUAUCGUAGUAAGAGGAAAUCUUCAACUUCUGUUCUUGUAAAAUAAUACUAUGAUUAUUAUUAUGUAGCUUGGCAAAUUAAAAAUGUGUUAUUCAA